AUGCAAUUCAUAAUUCCGUACGACGGAGCCUUAUGGCCUCUGUUGAUGGCUCUCUUGUCCAUUUGGUUGAUGUCUACUGUUGUACUUUUCGUGUAUCGAAUUACGUUUCAUCCACUUGCACGAUUCCCAGGACCAAAGCUUCCUGCGAUGUCCUACGCGAAUGAAUUUUGGUUUGAUGUGGUUCGCGGAGGACGAUAUACUCACGAGAUUCUGCGUAUGCACGAGAAAUAUGGCCCUAUCGUUCGAAUCAACCCCAAUGAGCUGCAUUGCAACGACCCUACAUUUGUGGAUGUCGUUUAUGCCCUCGAUCACGAUCAUCAUCGGAGGCGCAACGCUGCGAUGAGCAAAUGCUUCUCACGAUCCCGCAUCCGUCAAAUUGAGCACUUAAUUCAUGUAAACGCGCAAAAGCUGUGCGAUAAGGUUCUGGCUCGUCAAAACUCCGCCCCAUUUGCCAUCGUGCAAGCGUACAGUUGUUUUACAGCUGACAUCAUAUCGCACUAUUGCUUUGGUGACAGUGAUUGCUACCUUGACCAAGACGACUGGGAGCCGAAUUUUAGAACGCUGGUUGAUAACUUUGAACGCAACCUUCAUAUCUUCCGGCACAUCCCUGGGCUUGCAACUUUAGUCGAAAGGAUUCCCUUAAUCUUGACCAAUUUAUUUUCGACAGAAAUGAAAACCAUUGCUAUCAAUUUCAAGGUGUCUAUUCCCCGAAGAGUUAGAAGAGCGAUGGAUCUAUCAUUUGUGUCUGUCGGCGAAGUUCCCACUAUAUUGUCCGCUCUGCUGAGCUCAAAUCUUCCGCCAUCUGAAAAAACUCUCAGACGUCUCACAGGAGAAGCAGUAUCCUUGAUGGGAGGUGGUACCGAAUCGACUUCGGCAACCCUAGUACUGCUUACGUUUCAUUUACUAUCAAACCCCAAUCAUCACAAGCGGCUUUACGACGAAAUAUCAGCCAUUACAACAAAUCCAUUACAACUCCCCGACUGGAAGGCCCUGGAGAAACUAAACUUCUUCAGUGCAGUCAUACUAGAGUGUCUGCGCCUUCUUCCAGGUGUCUCAGGGCGCUCUCCCCGGAUUGCAACGCACGAGGAUCUGAUUUACGAGGGAAAGUUGUUCUCGGGUGCAGAUUCUUUAGCUCCCAGUUUCAGUUACACCGUUCCUCGAGGGUUCCCUAUCAGUAUGUCGACAUACAUCUUGCAUACGAACGAGACGAUUUUUCCGAAUGCCAAAGAUUUUGUUCCAGACCGGUGGCUGGAUGAAAAUGGGAAUGUCAAUAGAGAGUUGGAGCGAUACCUUCUUAGUUUCUCAAAGGGCAGCCGACAAUGUAUCGGCAGGCAUUUGGCAUUGUGCGAGCUCUACGUUUGUGCCGCCGCAAUGAUUCUUCGCGUGUUUCCGUUCUUGAAAUUGUAUCAAACGAGCCGUGUUGAUGUCGAUUACGAUCAUGACGAACUGAUCGGUAAGCCAUCGCCACAAAGCAAUGGUGUGAGAGUACAGGUCCUUGACAAAUUUCGAGAGCCCGAUGUGAAAUCGUAA